GUUUAAACUUUGUAGAAAUUAAAAUGAAUUGUAUUUGAAAAAAUUAAUUUACAAAACGUUAAACGGUUUAUUAAUUGUGGACAUAUAUUUUAUUUAAAUUAUUUGUUGUCUUUAAACGCGUCUGUGUAUGUGUCUAUAUUACAUUAACGAUAUUUUGAGUUAUAAAAAUGUUGAUAAUGGUCAUCAAGAACAAAUUAUCCUAAAAUAUAUAUUGUAAGUACCUAUUAUUAAACUGACAUUGAUCAUUAUGUACACGUUAUGUAUGUGGUACUUGCUGGUGAUAGCAAUAUUGUCGGCUUAUUUCUCGGCUCGUCUUAUCUUCAUGAUUAUGCAACUACUAACCGGCAAAUGCAAUGUCAGAAUGAGAAAACAACCUUUACGUACACUAAUAGUAAUCGGUUCGGGUGGGCAUACAUCUGAAAUGUUACGCCUAAUGAAGCACUUGAAUAAACAAAAAUUUACACCACGCUUGUACGUGUUGGCUGACACAGACACAACUAGCCAAGUACGCUUAGAAAAAGAAGAAAACGGGACAGACUGGACUACAGCUGUAAUACCACGGUCUAGACAUGUAAAUCAGUCGUAUUCAUCGUCAGUAGUGUCCACACUUUAUUCAAUAGUCAUGACUAUUCCAGUUGUCAUCUCUUUUAAACCCGACUUAAUAUUGUGCAAUGGUCCUGGCACGUGUGUUCCAGUAUGUCUAGUUGGAUUUGUUAUGAGAUUAUUUCAUUACACGGACACCUCUAUCGUCUUUGUGGAAAGUAUCUGUCGUGUUAAAACAUUAUCUCUGACCGGAAAAAUAAUGUGUUUUUUUGCUGAUUUAAUUAUUGUUCAAUGGCCAGAGUUGAAACAAAAGUACAGAUGGAGAGUCAAGUAUGUCGAUGAAGACAUUUCAUUGUAAACGUAAUAUGUUUUUGUUAUUUUGAAAAAUAUAUAUUUUUACAAUUUUGUUACCUA